AUGAUUCCAAUUAAACCUUUGGGUCGCGUUUUAACACAAUUUAUUAUUAUUGUUGGUGGAAGCGUCAUUAAGGCCACUUAUAAUGCCUAUAAACAGUCUUUAAACAACAAUAUCGGCGGAAUUAUCAACAACAAUAUUGGUAAAUUGAUGACCAAGGAGGAAGCUGCCAAGGUUCUCGGUUUCAAUUCGCACAAUAAUCUGAAGUUGCAGCAGAUUGAGGAGGCUCAUAAGCGCCUCAAAAACAUAAACACUCCCUCCGGGUCAUUUCAGGGCUCUCCCUAUUUAAUUCAGCGCAUAGAUGCUGCCAAUCACAUUUUAACCAAGUACUAUAAGACCCAUAAUAGUAAUUUAUACGAAUGUGUAAACUAUAAUGUAUUAUUAGCGAGGUUAUCUAGAUUAAAGUCGAUCAAUAAGAAUUUAAUUAGCUUAAAUUCACAUUUAAACUCUUCCAAUAAGAACACUUAUGUUUGGAAUAAAUAUUCCUUGGAUAACGCCAAUCGGUCGCUGGAAUCCAUUGAAAACACUGUUAAUAGGCUGAUUAAUCUCGACAACGUCAGUUUACUGGAUUCUUGUAAAUUGUUACUAAAUUUUAAGUCCAAUUACAACUUUAUUCAACUGAUAAGCGCCAAUAUUGACUUUUACGGUAACAUUAUCAACCUCUACUACCUCCUGAAGUACGUAUUAAACUUCAACACUCUCAACAACAACAGUCCUUGUGACUCUAGGGACAACAACAAUCUAAUUAGGAACAUUUUGAGCAGGAUGUGUAGCAACUUCAGUGAGAUGGCCAACAAAAUUGCGACUUUGGAGCUACUAUGCAAUUUUAGCAUUUUCCACGACGACUUCGCGUACUUGGUUUACAACUAUGUCACCAACUUGGACAAUAUUGACGUUUUAAAGGCCAACGUACCCAUUAUUUUAGACUAUUUUAACAAACACAAUACUCUAAUUAAUAGCAGUACUAAUGCCAGUACCAACACCAAUACCAGUAUCAAUACCCGUAUUACUAGUAUUAGUGAAUACGAUCUUACUGAGUUGUUGGAGUUGUAUAUUGACAAUUCUGACUUGAAUACGCUCAAAACUGAUCAUUUGUUAACUGUUUUUAAGUACCUACUACUGACCAACUUGGCUAGUAAGUAUACGAAGCAUCUUAAACACAUAUUCUUGAACUUAAAAUUGGUUAAACUAUCUCAUAUUUUAUCAUUUUUUGACUCUUUAAGUUUAAAUUCUUACCCUUAUCUACUUUACUUAUCAUUGCUUGACAACAAUACAAUACUCAGUGUUCUUACUCGCAAUGCUGAUUUAAUCAAUGUGAAGACUCUAAUUGCUAUUAACAGCAUCUAUUUACUCUUUUUCAACAGCCUAAAACCACACUCUGCUACCACUACUACUACCAUUACUACUACUACUUCCACUGUUCAUUUUGUUAGGUUUUUAAACAUGUCUCUCACUCACUUGUUCAACUACUACAACUCUGUGGUUGGUAAUGCUUCACUUUUUCAACACUAUAACUCUUUAAAUUACCCUAAAUCGCCCAAACUUCGUCAAUGCACUGGAGAUUCUCUUCCCAACCAUAACACACACACUGCUCAUGGCCUUGGCACUGACCAUAAGGACUAUAACAAUGACCAUAACGACUAUGACUCCUCUGAUUGCAGUGAACACGUUUCUCAGGACUCCUUGCUGAAGCUUACUCGACACAUCAACAAGUUACUUUACGACAUUGCCGAUCUCCGGUGCUUAACUUACAGCAACCUUAACCUCGUGGCCACUUUCUUAACAAGUUGUCUAGCAACUAUGUACUGUUUAAUCUUCACCGAACUAACACUCAACUCUGCAAAGGGCACAAUAUUAAACUCAACAGGAACCGUAGGAAUAGCGAUACUCUGGUCUAUUUCGACGACUUUCUCAGUUACGGCCUAA